AAUAAUACUUUAUUUAUACCCCGCCACCAUCUCCCCAACGGGGACUGGGGGUGGCUUAAAUGGGGCCAUGCCCAGAGCAAUACAAUAUAACAAAAUAUAAAAGAACAACACAUUAUAACACAUUAAACAAUACAAUAGAUAAUAAUAUACAACGGAAGAGCCAUGUUUUCAAAUCUUUCUUGAAGGCUAGUAAUGUGCCUAAUCUCAAUGGGCAGUGAGUUCCACAAUCGGGGGAUCACAGCAGAGAAGGCUGGUAAGAUGGUUGGGACAACUGGUAAGAUGGUUGGGAUUUCUAGGAGCUGAAAACCAAAACACCUGGAGAAGCACAGUUUGAGAAACACUGUCCUACCGAGUGUUGCCAAUGCAGACAAUUCACAGCUACAACAUCCCUUUGCAUAGAAAUUUUUAAAAAGAAAAAGUUCAUCAUACCAUUGAUUCAGGUGAAGGCACAAAACAGCAGCAGUGUUAACCAGGCGCUUUUAAAAAUUAACAAGCAAGGUACAGGUUAUUAAAAAUAACAUUACAUGGUGCUAGCAAAUCCUUUCACACAAUGACAUAAAAGAACUGGGUCAACACAAAUGCUCAGAAUCAGGGACAACAAACAAGAUGGUUUGAACCUGGCCUCUUUUGUGUCACUUUCCAGCUAUUGGCAGAGCUUUACAGAAGCUGACAGCUGGUUUAAAAACAGCAAACCUGUGUAACUUGCUACUUUGGGGUGCAUUUGUUCUCAUAUCUAAAGGGCAAGCUGUACAGUAGACUAGAAAUUGGAAAACUUUCAAAAUAAACAUCAAAACAAAGUAACAUUUCACUGCCCUCCUAUAUCAUCUGUGUUUAUGUAUCUCUGGGGUGCCAGGGAUUAACAUUAAAUCAAAAUGAAACACUACUCUUUAUUUCUUUCUGCAAACCACCUUUUGUAAGUGGGGCAAUAUAUUUGCAUUAUAAAGAACACAGGUAACUUUGAUCUUCAAGAUUAACUCUGACAGGUUAUUGUUAUUUCCUUCCUGCAUCUUUAUUAUCUGUCUUCUAUUAACAGGUUAAACUUCCUGAAGCCUCUGCAAGUCAGCAAUGGAUCUGAAGCGAAUAAAAGACUCCAUUCAUUUCUGGUAUUUUCAGUAUCUCCUGGUCACCUGCUGCUAUGGCCUACUGCCCUGGGAACAAUGUAUCAUCAACAGCAUUAUAUUUAUUGUGGUGGCCAUGGUGGUCUACACUGCUUAUGUCUUCAUUCCCAUCCAUAUCCGCCUGGCUUUUGAGUUUCUCUCUCAGAUGUUUGGAAGCCAGCCUGAGAGUAUGGCAUCACUUAUAAAUUGAGUCAGCCAUUUUUGCACAGAUAAUGAAAUACAGUCUUGCACUUCUCUUGUCUUCCCCAACUAUGCCAAUGUCCAUUUUCAAUCUGUUUCAAAGUUUUGGGUUUCUGAGCACAUGAGUACAUCUCCUUUUACUAAUCUAGGUUACAAUUCCACUGCCUCCUGGCUAAUGCUCACUGAAAUGUCUGAAACUUCUGUUCUCUUGAAGUGACAUGGUCCCACUGGGAUAUGCUGCUCUGCUAAACCUCAUCCCGUGAAUUGCAGUUGUAUGCGGCAGAUCUCCCACAAGAAGGAACUCUUUGUUUUUCAUAAUAACUUUUGAAUCUAUUUCUUUACCAUUUGAGGAUACUAAGGACUUCAUCACAUUGAGGUUCUGAAGCUGAGUGACAGCAGGGAAAUCCAUGGGACAGCGGAGGAAGCAAUUGCUCUGUAUCCCGUAUCACCUGCAUUGCCACCUUCCCUUCAUACGGGGGAAACCUUUGCUGCUCGGCUUCCCUCUGCACUGUCACCUGCUUACUCAGUCAGAACACAGGCAGUCACUCAUGUUCUGAAUUCUUCUUCCCUACGUCACCUGAUGGGCUCCAUACUGGCUCCAUGUUGAAAGCAUCUUGUGGGAGGCUUCUCUCAUGGGAAGCUGAGGCUGACAGACAGGAACUCACUCAGUCUUGCAGAUUCGAACCUCCGACCUUCAGGUCUUCAGAUCGGGAAAUUGAGCUAGCACAAGGGUUUAACCCAUUGCGCCACUGCAGCUCCUUCAAAGCAUGCUGAUAUGUUUAAAAUCAAUAAUGAUGGGAGAUGCACAACCAAUGCAGCUGGCGCCAAUGCCUCUACUUGCAGCUACUAGAGAUAUGGUGGCAGGAGAGCAAGAGAUGCAUGCCCAAUUGACAAACAAACUAUAGUUAAUAAUACAGUACCCAAGAAAUUAAAUACUUUUUAAGAGUCUGGCAAUCAAUUUUAAGGCGGCAUUACUGAUCAGGAGAGACAUUAAUUUACAACUAAUUAAUUAUUUCAUACAAAUGAAUGUAAGAAACAUGAUUCAAUCUCAUAUUAUGCAUGGAAUGCAUUCUUUAUAUAAUGAUUCUCAUACAAGGGUGUAUAUUUCUUGGAUGUAUGAAAGAGAGAAAGUAAAUGAGAACUUCUGUCAGCAGAAACAAAUGGCUGAAGCCAAUGUAAUGAACAAGGAACAGCAAAGAAAAAAUGUAAAGUCAGCAGGGGAAAAUGAAUUUGAAGGGAGAGAUGUCCAAAGAAAACGAUGCAUUUGGAUACUGAGUUUGAUUUUAGAUGAGGGCUUGGAUGAGAAUGAUAUGGUUCACCAGUCCCAUGAAGACAGUGAUGAGGAGAUUUCCUCAGGUGCACGUAUUGAGCCAGGUAAUAAUUUAAAAAGACUAUUUAUGGUGGAACGAUUCAGAAAUUUGAUGCCAGGGGUGUUGUCAACCUUAGGUCUGGAAUGCAGCCCACUGGGCAAUAUAAAUGAUAAAGUUAAAAGAAAUGAGAAUAAGAAAAUUGUAUGAAUGAGAAAUCCCUUCAAUUUCAAAAAGAUUGCUAGUAUAUUCUCAAAGGUUAUGUUCACUUAGUAAAAAAUGGAGUUUUUUAAGAUUACCCUUGGUGGGACUUUUUAUUUUGAGAACUGUACCUCCAAGGAAGGGAUAUAUAGUUCUCAAGGAAAUGGACAAAAGUGGGGCAGAGGGAGCAUUGAAGACAUCACAGGAAGAUUCUGCCAUAUUGAUUAGAAGUUCAAUAGCAGCAGCAAUGGUUGCUAAGGCAAUAAUUUGGGCACAAGAUAUUUUAGAUUCUCCAGAAGACAAGUGCAGGAAUUUAAACAGUAUUAUAUAGGAUUAGAGUACUAUAAUGUAUUGAUGAUGCGAGCCAUGAUGCAGUGGCAUUUGCAGCUUGAAGUAUUUUGACUUCAACCAUUGCAUGUACUGAUAUUGGCUAUGUCACUGAAAGGUAGAUCAAAAAUCCAAAAAUAAUCUCGCAUACAUGCCAUUCAAGGAGAAUUGAUGCAAGUGAUUUCUGCCAUUUAUAGAAAGAGAUUGAUUUUAAAAUAUUCUUUUGCAAUAGCUAUUCUUCCUUUCAAGGAAGAAGACAUUUUUAGGUCUCUACAGCCACUUACAGACCCACUGCCAAGACUCUACUUCUGGAAGACAAUCAUACUUGAUCAUGAGGGAUCGUCUCUGAGAGUGGUUCUCAACCUGUGGGUCCUCGGGUGUUUUGGCCUACAACUCCCAGAAAUCCCAGCCAGUUUACCAGCUGUUAGGAUUUCUGGAAGUUGAAGGCCAAAACAUCUGGGGACCCACAGGUAGAGAACCACUUGUCUAUGAUGAUAUGAUGAUACAGGUAAAUUUUAAUUUAAAUUUGUGUUAGAAGCAACUUGAGAACAUAUGGCAAGUUGCUUUUGGUGUGAGAGAAUUGGCCAUCUACAGAGACUUUGCCCAGGGGAUACCUGGAAUGGUUUAACCCAUUGCACCAUCUCAGUUCCAACAGAUAAAAUAAUUACAAUGAAAGUAAGUGCCUAUGGAACAGAGGAAGAAUAUAAAGCAAAAAACAAAGUUUCCAACAACAAAAUUGAAGGUCACAUCUGUAGAUAAUAGACAGCAAUAUUGAUAUCAAGGACUUUCUUACUGUGUUUUAGGUGGAUUUGCGGGAUAUAGCUAUAUCCCAUUGAGUAACUCAGAUAGCUGGAAAAUAAAAUUCUGUUCUCUCAAAAACCAACCAUCAGAUACUUUUGUACAAAAUGAGAUAGACCAUCUCCAGCAAAUUGGAAUCAUAAAAAGAGUACCACAAAAUCACAUAGUCAUGGGUGUGUAUUCCAUUCUGUUUAUUGUACAGCUGAGCAGUGGAUCUUAGCAUCGAGUGUUGGAUUUAAAGUUCUUAAACACUUAUCUGAAAUAUCAACGAUUUAAGAUGGAAAUAGCAUUGACAAUGAUUGGUAUGUGAAUGGUUUCUCCUAAUUCAUGCAGAGAUUGAAACGUGGAAAGUUAAAUCAUUAUUUUGCAGCAUAAAAUUGCAGUGUAAUUGGUUGAUUAUUUUUGAUGAAUAUCAGAAAGUAGUUAAUUAAAAUUCAGCAAGGUUGUUUAGGCAAGGCUAUAUAAUUGAACUUGCAACGAAGGGAGAGGAAUAAACAGCUGUAACUAAAGAAGAAUUUGAAACUCCUGCCUAUCCAGCUGGUGCACAGUUGGUUUGUAGAUUGCUCCUUCUACUAUCCAAGAAUGACUUAUCAAGGUAGGUCCUAAUGUUUCAUUUCCUUGCAUUUUCUUUCUUCUCUUAUUCUCUUAUUACCCAUUUUUCUUUUGCCCUUCCUCCCCCUUCACUACCCCCACCAAAAUGUUUUCCUUGCUUUCAUUGUAAAUAUUGCUUAUAAUAUCAUGAAAUAUAUUUUUAAAAAAGAAAAAUUCAUUUUUUUGGAUGUGGAAUGGAAACGCCCAUUCAGAAAGGCACCUGUUUUCAGAAGGUGCUCGAAAACGAAAACAGGGUCAUUACAAAUAAAACAAAUAGAAACAGAUUAUGAUCUAUACAACCGAGCAAGACUACUGCUGGAGCAAUGGAAGUCAGAAAUUUUUCAGGUACCAGCUAGAGUUUCAUUCUAUCUGAUACCUGAAGGAACCAACUAUGAGGCGGGGGAGGAUUAGUAGGGAGUGGAAUAUAAGCUCUAACCUCUGCUCCUCCAGAUGUUUUGGAUUUAAGUUGCCACAAUUCCUAACAGCUGGCAAGAUGAUUGGGAUUUCUGGGAGCUGAAGUCCAAAACAUCUGGAGAAGCACAGUUCGAGAAACACUGUCCUACCGAGGUGAAAAGCUCAUCUUGCCAAUGCAGACAAUUCACAGCUACAACAUCCCUUUGCAUAGAAAUCUUUCAAAAGGGAAAGUUUAUCAUGCGAUUGAUUCAGUUCUCUCCCAUAGGUAUGCUGAAUAUUUUUUUCUAAACAAAAAUGUUUUACAAAUUUCAUUAUCAUGUCUUCUUCGUCUUUUAGCUGUGGGUACUAGCAAGAAUGAAACACAUUUUUGCUAAGGAGCAAGUCAGUAUAGAAGAAGUACCAUUUGUCUUUAGGUCAUAGAUUUGUAUUGAACUGGUCUGAAUAACUAUAACCAUAAAAAGAGCAAGAACAUCAGGGGUUUUUUUGGAACACGAUACAACUGUCUUUAAAAUUUAUCUUAUCAAUCUUACUCCAAGAAUACCAGUAAUGAAAACUGGUCAAAAACAGAAGAACAAGGUUCCAUAAAUAUUCUGCACUACUGUUUUUGACACUAUUAAAUUUAAAUGUCUUACUAGCUAGCUGGUGUAGACCCCCUUCCUUCUCUUUCUUUGGCUUCAGAUUGAACUUUCAACAAAGACUACAUUCAAUUUCUCAUUCUUAAAUUCUGAAAGGAAAGAAAGGUUAUAGGUUACAAGGCCAAAGUAAGGCAUGCUAAAGGAAAAGUAUUCUAAAUUAAGAAAAACUGUAGAAGUUUUCCUUUUUCUUUCUUUUCUCA